GCUAGGGAGCGAGUGGCGCGGUAGCGACGCGAGGGAGCGAGCGAGCUCGGGUCUGCAGGCCAUGGCCUAGGAGGUGGGUGCCAUGGAUUCCGUCAACAGGCCACCGCCCCGCCCCCGCGCCCGCAUAUCUAUCCAUCUUGUAGGCUUGUAGCCAGCCAAGAAAGCAGAGCGGCGCUCCUGACCAGCACCCUUCGAUUUGCGGCACCGGGCGAGGGGAAGAAGGGGUCAACAUGGAGGGGUCGUCGUCGGCGUCGGCGUCGAUGGGGGCGGCGAUGAGGCCGGCGCGGGCGGGGGUGAAGGUGUGCGGCAAGGAGGAGAAGGUGGUGGGCAUGCAGAAGGCGUCGGGGAGCUUCCCGUACUGCGGCGACGGGGUGGUGUCCACGGACGUGGAGGCCAAGUGGGUGCUCUGCUUCCUGUUGCUCUGCCUCAAGAACAAGCGCAGGUUCGCCUACUCCGCCUGCGGCCGACGCCUCAUCACCUACCCCGCCAUUGUCCAGGACUAGCUGCUGCUUAAUUAGUCCUUUUUCCAUACUAUUUCAUUCUCCUCCCCCCUUGGUUGGAUUCUCUGGAGAUUGAUCAAAGAACUGAAGAUUUUCCGUAGAUGCCAGAUCGAACAACUGGAGAUCGAUCGAUGUGCGUCCCGGCCGGUUGCUUUCUGUGCCCGCAGAUCUUGAUUUGGAUAUCUGCUUGAUUGUUUUCUUGAUUCUGGCUAGAUGUUUCUUGCUCCGUUGCUCGUGAGUUUCAGUCUGGCUACAAUUCUCCUUACUACAACCGAUGGAUGGAUGAUGCGAUACAGUUCUUAAUUUUUUAGUGUCUUCGCUCCUGGCAAUUAACUUGGUGUUAACUGCCACAGCCCCAGGCAGAUAGCUAUUUCAGGCCUGGCAGUUAGUUCGACCCAAGAAAAUUGUAAAAGAAAAAAAUAGUGUCUUCAGUCUGGCAGUUAACUUGAUGUUAACUGCUGCAAUCCCCGGCAGUUAGCUAUUUCAGUCCCGGCAGACCUGAUCCGGUCGAAAAAUGAAUGAAAGAAAAAAGUAUUUGCA